GCGUUCACGGAGCCAGCCGUAGCCAUGGAUGGGAGGUAUAAACAAGGCUGGAAAUCAGUGUUCCUGCUCCGAAUUCAUUUUUGCUUCAUGUCAUUAAACUAAACCAUGAGCAGGGUGGCAAAAAGGAAGGAGCCUCGUCUCCUUUGGCAGCGGAGCGAAAAAGUGACCGGAUUAUUCCAGCGCCACUGGUGGCGCUAGUGUUCUAUCUCUCAGUUUGCUUGACCGACCCUCAAUAUUCGACUGGAGUGGAUGCCGGCAGUUAGAUGGUUUGGUACCAAAACGAUUUGAUACAAAAAAUUUGUUGGAACUUGAUAAUCCCACGCGGUCAUCACGAUGAUUAACAGAGAACAGAGAAAACUAGAAGGAAUGAAACUCUGCGCUUUAUUUUCAGCAAAGAAAGUUUUGAACAUGCUAGAAAAAAGAUAAAAAAGGCUGAGGGCGCUAGUGAUGUGGAGAAGGUCUACUUCUCCACUACAGAUUCGGAGCAGUGUGGCAGGGGAAAGAGGAAAAGGUGGGCCAGAACUCACGACUCGUCCUCUGAAUCGGAUGAUGAGUUGCUCACCAAAAGACCCUCCUCAAACAUUGUAAAUAUGUUGCCCGAGGCACCGGUGCAACCAGGUGCACCGGUACAUCUGCCACGGACUUCAAGCCAAAGUUCGCCACUUGUUAUGACUCCUGCAACGCCAACUACAAGCCAGAAUGCGCUUCAUCAGUCGCCUGCUAUGCAGAUCUCCAGCAGUGAACAAAAUCUUUUCCAGAAGCUGCUGAGGAGUUUCCAUCUGCUAAGGAUGGAAGUAAAAGAGAUUAAAGCGACAUUGGACUUGCUCGUUGAGCAGUCAAACAACAGUAGGAAUCAAUCUUCUGUAGCUGUGACAAACAUAGAUGUUAAACUUCCUCUGGAAGAUUUUGAAGGUGUUCAAAAUCUAGAGAGGUUGCUAGAAGAAGAGCGCAACAAAAACUACUUGCUUAACAAGUGCAAGAAUUUUGGGGGCAGUUGCUUCCAGGAUCAUACCAGGAGGAUUCUGAAACAUUUAUUCACAGAUGAAACUGCAGAACUGUUUUCGUGGACUGGCAGCAAAGGAGGAAAAAGAAAAUUUAUGAGUCUGAAAAUCGCUGACCUUGUUAUUGAAGCUGUUCUUAAAGAAAGUGGCCAAACUACAAGAGCAGAUGUGGAAAAUGUUAUGAAAAAUUGGCUACGCCAUGCAAAGGAUCGUGCCGACUACAGAAAGUUCGGACAGUACAAAAAAAAAAACUCCCCCCAAUGCAAGAUGCCCCUCCCUCUUGUUAAUUUACUCCCCCCAAUGCAAGAUGGCCCUCCCUCUUGUUGUUUUAGAUUGAAACUGUACUAUUGGAUACCUUUAGGAUCUAUUUUGGAUGACAGUUGUCCGAAAGACGUCCUAAGGCUAGUUUUCGGACCAAGAUGUGUUUCCGUGCAUCCUAGAAUUGUCUUAAUAUUAUCCAACAAGUGUCAGAUGCAGGGUGUCUUGUGGAUGACAUCAGGAGUGUACUUUUUGACAAAGACAAGUGUAGGAGCAUUAUUGGACUGCCAGCGGAUGUCAGAUUAUCCUGAAGAUAAUAUCCGCAGGAGUCCCUAA